AUGUAUAGGGUACUCACCCAUCUGUUAUCAGCCGCUGUGCUGGCCAGCUUGGCUGCUGCUCUCCCGGCACCAAGCCCAACCCUAGAAGAGCGAGCUAUCAAGACCUCAGUAGUCAUACCGCAAGGGACUAUCGUGGGCUCCGUCUCUAGCAAGGUUGAGAACUUUGGAGGCAUACCAUUUGCCCAAGCUCCAGUGGGAAAGUUGCGCCUAAAGCCACCGCAGAGACUAACCUCUUCUCUCGGUACUUUUGAUGCCACCGGAGCAGGUCCCGCUUGCCCGCAGAUGUUCUUCUCUACGGAUGGAGAUCUCCUCACAUCUGUACUAGGCGACUUGAUCAAUACACCGCUAUUUCAGACUGUCACGGGGCAGACUGAAGACUGUUUGACCAUGAGAGUUCAACGGCCCAAGGGUACCAAAGCAGAUGCCAAACUUCCUGUCCUCUUUUGGAUAUUUGGCGGCGGAUUCGAACUUGGCAGCCCGCAGAUGUACGAUGCCUCCUUGCUGGUCUCUAACGGUAUUGAUCAAAAUAAGCCGUUCAUAUUUGUAUCCGUGAACUACCGAGUCGGUGGGUUCGGAUUUUUAGCAGGAAAGGAGAUCCUUGCCGACGGGGCGUCGAAUUUAGGGCUUCUAGAUCAACGUAUGGGUCUAGAAUGGGUUCAAGACAAUAUAGCAUUAUUUGGUGGAGACCCUGAAAAGGUGACCAUCUGGGGAGAAUCGGCCGGAGCUAUCUCCGUGUUUGAUCAGAUGGCUCUUUACGAUGGUAACAACACCUACAAUGGGAAGAAGCUUUUCCGCGCAGCUAUUAUGAAUAGCGGGAGUAUAGUUCCGGCUCAGCCAGUAGACUGUGCCCGUUGCCAGGAUCUAUAUGAUACGGUGGUAAAAGCGGCGGGCUGCGCCGGGUCUGCUGAUACGCUUGAGUGUCUUCGCGAUGCGGACUACAAUACCUUCCUCAACGCUGCUAAUAGCGUUCCGGGUAUCAUAGGCUACACCUCUAUCUCUCUAUCAUAUCUCCCACGACCGGACGGCGUCGUUUUGACCCAAAGCCCCGACGCCCUCGCACUCAGUGGCAAAUAUGCAGCUGUACCUAUGAUUAUUGGAGACCAAGAAGAUGAGGGAACGCUUUUUAGCUUGUUUCAACCCAACAUUACUACCACCGACAAGCUCGUCGACUACAUCUGGAAGGUGUUUUUCCCCGAAGUCCCGAGAGAUGAUAUUGUAGGCCUUGUCAACACAUACGAUUCAUCAAUCACCGCCGGCAGCCCCUUCAACACCGGCAUUUUGAAUAGCGUAUACCCACAGUUCAAACGCCUUGCGGCAAUCCUGGGUGACAUGGUGUUCACUCUCACGCGGAGAAUCUUCUUGGAGUCAGCUCUUGCCGCAAAUCCCAAUGUGCCUUCGUGGUCAUACCUAGCGUCUUACGACUACGGUACCCCGAUAUUGGGUACAUUCCACGCCUCGGAUAUAUUGCAGGUAUUUUACGGAAUCCUGCCUAAUUACGCCAGCAAGGCUAUUCAAAGCUAUUACAUCUCCUUCCUAUACACGAUGGAUCCUAACGAGGGCACGAGUUCCAGCAUCGCGAAGUGGCCUCAAUGGAAAGAGAAGAGGGAACUCAUGCAAUUUUGGAAUAAUAAGAGUAACUUGUUAGCGGAUGAUUUCAGAAGCAAAAGCAAGGAGUAUCUAUCGGCUCGUGCCAAUAUUUUAUUAAUCUAA